AGGAAACAGCCCGUCGGGCACCGCACUGCCCGCCGCCGACCUCCUCUUCCAGGCCCUUCCGGGAGUCGCCGCCCUUUGCCCCCGGAAGUGGGCGGGAGAGGAAGCGGCUGGUGAUGCUGGAACAACAUGGCCGUCCCGGCGCCAGUCGGCCCCUCGGCCUCCCGCUGUCCUCCGCUGGUCGCCGGCGUCCGGCUGCUCCCACUGCUGGGGCUGCUGCAGCUGCUGGCUCAGCCCGGCCUGGGCCGCGUCCACCACCUGGCGCUCAAGGACGAUGUGAGGCAUAAGGUUCACCUGAACACCUUUGGAUUCUUCAAGGACGGGUACAUGGUGGUUAAUGUCAGCAGCCUUUCUGUAAAUGACCCUGCGGGAGCCACAGACAAGGACACAACCAUUGGAUUCAGCCUGGACCGCACAAAGAAUGACGGAUUUUCUUCUUAUCUGGAUGAAGAUGUGAAUUACUGUAUUUUAAAAAAGCAGUCUGUCUCUGUCACCCUUCUAAUCCUAGACAUCUCCAGAAGUGAGGUGAGAGUAAGAGCCCCCCCAGAAGCUGGUACACAGUUACCAAAGAUCGUCUUCAGCAAGGAUGAGAAGGUCCUCGGCCAGAGCCAGGAGUCCGGGGCUAACCCUGUUUCAGCGGGCAGCCAGACUCCGCCAAAACAAGACAGUGGAAAAUCUAAAAGAAGCACAGUAGAUUCAAAGGCAACGGGAGAAAAAUCCUUUUCUGUUCACAAUAGUGAUGGGGCAGUUUCUUUUCAGUUUUUCUUUAACAUCAGCACCAAUGACCAAGAAGGCCUCUACAGUCUUUAUUUCCAUAAAUGCUCUGGGAACGAAGUGCGGUCUGGCGACAAGUUUUCCUUCAGUCUUGAUAUUGAGAUCACAGAGAAGAACCCUGACAGCUACCUCUCCGCAGGAGAGAUCCCCCUCCCUAAAUUAUACAUAUCUAUGGCCUUUUUCUUUUUCCUUUCUGGGACCAUCUGGAUUCACAUCCUUCGAAAACGAAGGAAUGACGUAUUUAAAAUUCACUGGUUGAUGGCGGCCCUUCCUUUCACGAAGUCUCUUUCCUUGGUGUUCCACGCGAUCGACUACCACUACAUCUCGUCCCAGGGCUUUCCCAUCGAGGGUUGGGCUGUCGUGUACUACAUCACUCACCUCUUGAAAGGGGCCCUCCUGUUCAUCACCAUCGCACUCAUCGGCACGGGCUGGGCUUUCAUUAAGCACAUCCUUUCCGAUAAAGACAAAAAGAUCUUCAUGAUCGUCAUCCCACUGCAGGUUCUGGCGAACGUGGCCUACAUCAUCAUAGAGUCCACUGAGGAGGGGACUACGGAGUAUGGCUUGUGGAAGGAUUCUCUGUUUCUGGUCGACCUGCUGUGCUGUGGAGCCAUCCUCUUCCCGGUGGUGUGGUCAAUCAGGCAUUUACAAGAAGCAUCAGCGACAGAUGGAAAAGCUGCUAUUAACUUAGCAAAGCUGAAACUUUUCAGACACUAUUACGUCUUGAUCGUGUGUUACAUUUACUUCACCAGGAUCAUCGCAUUCCUCCUCAAGCUCGCCGUUCCGUUCCAGUGGAAGUGGCUCUACCAGCUCCUGGACGAAAUGGCCACGCUGGUAUUCUUUGUUCUAACGGGCUGUAAAUUCCGUCCGGCAUCAGAUAACCCCUACCUACAGCUUUCUCAGGAGGAUGACCUGGAAAUGGAAUCCGUAGUGACGACAUCAGGGGUGAUGGAGAACAUGAAGAAAGUCAAGAAGGUGACCAACGGCUCGGUGGAACCCCAGGGCGACUGGGAGGGCACCGCGUGACGGAGCAGCCUGGGGGCUGGGACUGUCCAAGAGAACCUCUAAUUUAUUACUCGUCCUAGUGGUGAGCAGGAGCACCUCCCGACAGUGACACCACAGAGCACGCGGCUGGGAACAAAGUGCCACGGAAACCUAAUUUUUUACUCUCUUUUAUGGAAACUGGAUCUGUGGCUGCUUAUGGGCAGCUAGAAUUCUCCUUCAGGUGGGAAUGGUGGGGAGGGCGUGUAGACAGAGGAGGACAAGAGGAAGACUUGGUUUGUAGUUUCUAUUUCUUUCUUUUUCUUAAUUGGGAACUCUCCAGAAAGACGCAGUUGUGCCCCCCAGAGUGUGGCCGCAGGGAGAGGUGUGUUGGCGGACGGGGAGGGCGGGCAGCGGCGCGAGGCCGGGGCCGGGCCCGGCUCGGGAAUGAGGCUGCAGGAAAAGAGCAGGGGCUGAGGCAGCAUACAGGGACUUGGAAGAGAGACGGAACUCACCGUGGCAUCUUUGGGGUACAAAAAUGAAUGAAAUUAACCUAUCAAAAAAAAAAAAAAAAAGAAUGAAAUUAGGUUAUUUUAGAAGGCACCAUCAAAAGCCAGUUUAGUGUAUGGAGCCUGCCGCGGGGUUCCUGGCCCAGAGUGUUGCCCCAGACCUUGACCCCAGACUCUGAAAGUGACCAGGAACCAGCAGCUCCAGAGGCCCUGCCGUCUUCUUCCCAGAAGGGCUGUGUCAUCUGGGGGCUGAGCAUCCCCGUCAGAGUCAGGGCCCCGGAACCGUGGUGGGAAGUGCUUUUCUUGAUGGAAGCGGAUGUGGUGUUGUCUAACGGAUGGACAGAAGUGUACAUUUAAGCUCAGAAAGCGUUAUCCAGUAGGAUUCCCUCAAACAGCUGGCUCCCCUGACUGCCCAGAGCAGGACCACCUCUUUUCCUUCUCUCGCUGUGGCUGUGUCUGUUUCGUGUAAUCAAAAUAUGGGGAGAAACGGGAAGGAGUUUUCUUUAAAGGAGCAGCUGGGGGCAGACAAGGUAGUGUUUAAGCGGAUAUUUAAGUACAAGCAAAAAUCAUCAUCACUAAAAAGUUUUUCCUACAAACCAGGUAGGCUUUCUAACAGGAAUGAAACAGACCUCGUCCCCUUCUCCCCAGAGCGUGCCUGCCAGGAGAGCAGGUGUGUUGAACAGCUUUUCUCUCUGGGGCUGGGGAUGGCGAGCUCCUUCUCGGAGACUCAGCAGAGGGCCCUUCCAAACUCUCCGAGCCUGGAGAGGAGCGCGGCAGCCGCCUCAGGGGAACAGUGGUACAGCUGGUAGUGAAGUCCUUUGGAUGGUGGGACGAGCUCAGAAGGUCCACUGUGGCCCCAGGGUGGAGGUGGGCGGUAAUCCCCCUCCAGAGUGAUGGUGACCCAGACCUGAGCCCAGAGGCUGAACCGUGGCUUUGUUGGAAACGUUUCCGAGGGUGCCAGGAGCCUGCACCUGCCUGGGCCUGGGGCUGGGGGUGGACAGCCGUCUCUGGAGGUGGUUUUCUCUCCUCCCCGGCUUGGAAGCGUCUUUCAGAAACUGCAGAAUUCGGGGGGUGGCCCUCAGCUCCCCAGGUUCACCACCUGAAGAGUCUGUCCUCAGUUGUCCCUCUCCUGUCCUCUUUGUCCCGGACGAAGGGAGCAGGAGAAUGUCCUCUUCAUGCACUUUCCUUAGCCCUCGGUGCUCUGCGCGGCCCUUCCUGCACAAAGGUUCCGUCCUGGCUGGGCAUGGGGUGUGAGCUGGAAUCUUCUGUCUUCCGAGGCUGCUGCUGCUCGCCUUGCCGCAGAUUUGAGGGCAGGGAUCAUGUGUCUUCCCAGUUUGAGGAGCAAGGAAAUUUGCCCUAAGUAUUUAUUUAAGGGACCGCUUCUUUGUCUUUCUGUCUUCCUUCUUUCUGUUUUCUUAGAUGGGGGCUACAUGAUCGGAGUAGGAGGUUUCAGGGAGGACGGGAAUAUUAAGACUGUUUUCCUGGCUUAAACACAGUCCCAGUACUUCCAAAAUGUGUCUCAUAACUGUGAUCAAACCCCCCCUCGGUGCUCCCCUCAGAGGGACGCCUUUGCUGUUCGUCCUGAGAGCAGAUAUUCUUGACUGGUCCCUAGACUUCUUGGUAAGACCCAGAAGUGUGAUGAAACCUCCCUCCUCCCCCGGAAAGGGUCCCUGCAGAGGUGUCCUUGAUUCACUUGCUGGAAGCCAGGGAGCGAAGGAGCCCUGGAGGAGAACGCGUUGGGGCAGCUCUGACCUGACUGCACCACCCCCCCCAGCUGGCCGUGGCUCCCCCCUUCCUCUGCCAGAGCCUCGAGCCUCGGCAGCCAUGUGAGGCCGGGAGCCAGAGUGUCGGGCUCCCGGUGCCACACAUGCACCUCCGGGCUCAGGUGCACAGUGGCUGAGGGGCCGCAGGAUGGUCGCGACCCUUCUGAACAGAAGGGUGCAGGCCAGAUAAGGUCGUGAUUUAGGAGUCUGCCCGAGUCCUGUAUUGUAACUGGAAGGAGGUUCGAAGUGAGGCCCGGUGAUAAGAAAAAUCAAAACCCCAGCCCCAGUUUGGGAUUACUGGUUUUCCCACAUUUGUACAGGUUGUUAGAGCUCUCCUUCCUGUUCUGUGAAAAUGUCUUCCUGGUGUCCGUCAUCUGGGCGCUAUGACCCGCCCUCAGCUCUCUCCGGAGCAGAGAUGACUGCUGGGGUCCAAAGCCAGCUGGUCGCCCCGGGCCUUCCAGCAGCCCACAUGGUGCGUCGGGAGGCAGAGCUCCUACAGCUGAACAGCGUUUUGGGGCCCGGGCAGGAAGGCUCGGGUGUGUGUGUGAGAGCGAUGGGCAGUAUUUACAGCUUCGCCUUGUGCUCCUGCUCCCCGUUUCUGCCUCUGCAGGACUGCCCUGCUUCCUUUGAGAGAGCUGCUCUGGGCCCCCCGGGCGGCCGGCUGCCAGCUUUGAGGAAGGAAAGGGUCUGUUGUCCCGUAAUAAAGUAUGUAUGUUUUGCUAGAAAAUUACUACUUAGACAGCAGGAACAAUCAUCGAUCUCUUCAUCCUGGCUUCUAACCGUGGCCAAAAACGCCAUCAGCCUGUUUCUUAGGUUCCUUGAUGCUUUAAAAUUUCAGUAGCCGCGUGUUCGAACCUGCUGACUCCAGCUCCGGUGGACUGGUGGCCCGUUCUCCCGUCAGGAGCUGCUUACUCCAGUGUGAAGGAUGGCUUCCCCGAUCGUAGCCUGAGUCAGUUCCAUUUUCUUCCAAAAAAUCACUUUGGAGUAAAAUGUCCAGGUGUGGUUUCUCCCGGACACAUCUGGGCAGCCCCGCAGCACUGCCUCUUCCUGCUCCCAGUGCCUGUCCCGGUGCGCUUCCUGCUCCUGCGUUGUGAGCUCCUCCCGAUAGCUGCUCCCUCUUGUUCCACUACCUGCCCCCCCCAGCCGCUCCUCCUCCCCCUCCUCCUCUCCCCUCUCCUCCUGCUCCUCCUCAGCCCACGGCUAUCGGUUGCACAUGGGCUCCGUCUGGGACUAGGGGCUGAAGGCUUUGGUGCGCUGCAGCAUUUUCUCCCGGUAGCCGUGUGACAGAUGUACUUUCUAAGCCAAGGAGAGUUUUCUCGAGAGUGUACAUACUGAUGCUGCGCGUUGCGCUUUGGGCCCUCGCACACCAGUGUGUUCUGGUGGAAUACUUAAGAGCCUGUUACCAGGAGCCAGUCCUUACGGACCCCGAAGAGCGUGAAAGAUCCCCGUUUGACUUGCAGGCGGCAUCCGGGCCACCUCCCACAGCCGGAGGCGUCUUCUCCCCAGGAAGGCUCUCAGAACAUUAGAGGGUCUGAUGAAGGGGUUAGCACUGCUCCCUGCACUCCGUGGGCCCGCGGGACUAUUCCUGCUGACCCGCUGCUGGAUUUCAAGGGAAGCCCAUCCCAGCCCCCUCCUUGCCUCACACUCCACAGUCACCCCCUUUGCUUUCGUCUGACCCACCCUGGCCUUCUAACAGAUUGAGAAUGUGCUCGGUCUCCAGUGCCCGUGGCUGCUACCUGUCUCUCUCGUUUUGGAUUCAGUCGGUAAAUGAGAAGGUUCCCCACUAAAGAAUUUAGGCUUUGACUUGGUACUUCUUGGUAUGCCAAGAAGGCGUUUAUCUGGAACACGCCGUAUGUUCGAAAAGAUCGCUCUUGACUCGCGGUUUCUUCCUCCCGGGUGCUGGGGGCCCACCUGAGUGGGUGCUAAUACCUGUCCCACCUGCAGUGUGCUUAGGUGAACUGAACACUCCAGCUCUCCCCAGGGGCUGUGCUCUACCCUGUACCCCCUCUGGAUGGCUUAUUCUUGGAAAAUGUUUCUCGGUGUCUCUCUGUUAGGGCGUGGGACAUGCACAUCCCCCGAACCCCUGUGUGAGGAGGGCAGCCCGACCGAGAGAGGGACUAGGCGGUGUGGGAGCCAGGAUCAGGUCGUGUCGCACAGGGACUGUUUGAGUUCCGGGGUAGGAAGUCUGCAGGCAGGCCGUUGGGGAAGAAGGAGUUCUGGGUUAAGGGUUAAAGUGAGAAAUUAAGGGUUGAAGUGAGACAGAAAAGCUCACUCACUUCAAGAUAGCUCAUUUUAGGGCCAUCUUUGAAGUUGUGCAGUGGACAGCCAAAUCAGAUGGGGUGGGGGGCAGCAGGCAGCCUUCUUAGCAUUUCAGAUACUUACUACAAAAGGAUCCCCAAAUCCCGGCCAAACCGGGGGUGGGGGGUUGGUUCUUGGCACCUUAAGCAGCUUUUCCCACCAUAAAUUGGAUUUGCCUGGUCAUGUGACCUCAAAAGAAGUCAGACACAUUUAAUCCAGAAAUAAGUUUCAUUUGGGGGAGAAAAUGUCUGUAAAUAUCAUUUGCUUUCCACGGUAGACUGGGAUGCAGGAGUUUUCAGUAUUUCUUUUUUUUAACACUAAUGAUCACUGAAGAGUAUUUAUGUAAACACGGACCGGGUGGGGCUUCCAAUCAGGGUGAGGUAUGGGCUGGAUUCUCUCGCUGUGAUGCAGACAUGUAAAAUAAAGAUUCUCUGACGGAAA